AUGGCUGAACAAACUUUGCCAACAGGAAAAACUUUUACUUUAUCAACAACAUUAGAUCAGAACCCCUUUUAUGGUCCUAUUUUGCCGUCAACAAAGCCACUUCAGAAAGACUCAUUGCCAUUUACGAAGGAUAUUGUUUAUGAUCCCGUCAUAGGUCGUCAAAUCUUUGUCCAGCAAACUCCAUGGGGACCGAUUGCUACUGUACCCACUGUAUUGCCCGCCCAGGUCGUCAACGUUACAGAUGCGUACAACGCCACUGUAAAAAAGCUGAUCAAUCACGUACCCACUUCCUCGGCGAUUCUGCGAGAUACCAAAGUUCUUGCGAGGAGACAGAAAGAUGGACUCUAUUAUCCUGCUACGGUGGCUGAUUAUCAAGAAGGCAACAUUUUCAUCGUCGAGUUCGACAAAAUCGGAGAAGGUGAUUUCUGCUUGGCUCCGAUUGAAGAGGGUCCUUCUGCGUACGUCGUUGGGAAGAUUCAGUACGCAGAUGAAAUUGAUGAGAACAAAUUCCGAGUGCAAUUCUUCGAUAACAGGAUUCGGGAUGUUCCGAUGGAAGAUGUUUGCUGGAUUCCUGAUGUGUUGUAUGACAGAGUUGUUGCAGAACUACGGUCUCCUAAUGCUCGGGUUCAAACAAUCGCCCAAGGAAUGAACACCGGCGUCGAGUCGCACGCCGUCUACCACCCACUCGACAUUUUCCUCAACGGAACUCCAAAAUACACCCUUCCUGGAUCUGGAGUUGUUCUUUCACCGAAUGUUAUCAGUAGAGUUUGGAACCCGAUGUCGUAUCAGGGUGUCAGAUACAUUCCGACGUAUCCGGUUCCUUGGCUUCCGAACUUUUGGCCCCAAGACGUGACUAUGUGGCCACAGUGUCUUCUGCCUUUUAGGAGGACUUUUGCCGCGGUGAAUACGAAUGAGAGACUUCCUGGCCUAAACAUGUCCGUAAACGAACUAGAUCAAAAAGUCAAUUCAACUCUUGAAGGGAGCAAAACUGUAAUGGAAAAAACUUCGGGCAGCUAUCUCGACCGGAUCAACUCUUUCCUAGAGGAAACAGAAAAUGAUGUCCUCAAAGAUAUUUUGGCGGACAAAAACGAGGGCGAAUACGAAGUCGACGUGGAUUUCAGCGCGCUCCCAAGCAAAGAAACAUGCGAUGUCGGCGAAAAUACCAUCGUCUCGCUGAGGAACAGAAUGUGCAAGAAACGCUGGAGAGCAAGAAAGCAGCCUGAGGAAAGAAAACCUUGGGUCAAAUACUUCAGAACUCCGGAUGAGGAAAUUCCGAGAAGCGUUUUCAACGACGGAACGUACAAAGAAAAAGAACGACCAUAUGGCUACUCUGAUGAUGAUUACACACUUUGGCGACUUCGACAAAAACAAAUAAGCACCCUGGAAAACUUGCAUAAACAAAAAGCCGAUUUCAUUGCGAAAGAAACUGCUAUGGUCCAGAGUGGCGAACAGACCUUGCUGAAUAAGAUUGAAAAAUCGAGACAAAGAGUCGACAAGGCAAAAGGCACUUAUGUCGCCUAA